GCUCAAGUUUUUGGGCUCAAAAGCACCGGCCGCCACCCGGACCGCCUCUGAAAGCACUGGAGCCUGACACUAUGACCCGCCGCGUGGGCGGCUUGGUUCUUCUCAUGGCAGGAGCCCUGCUGGGUGGCGCCACCUUCGCGCAGGGUGUCCUGGGCCUUCGCCGCGCGCUGCUGAUCGCGCCCGUCGUCGCGGGCGUGGCGCCACAAGCGGCGCGAGCAGCACGGGAGGGAUUCACUGAGACGCCCUCGGGCUUGCAGUACAAGGUGCUUUUGGAUGGCGAUGGGCCCAUCCCCACGACUGGACAACGCAUCAAGGCGGACUACACAGGCUGGCUGGACGACUUCGAGUCGGACAAGAAGUUCGACUCCUCACGUGACCGGAGGCAACCGCUGGAGUUCCAGGUCGGCAUCGGAAAGGUCAUCAAGGGCUGGGACGAGGCCUUGUUGAGCAUGAAGGUGGGCGAGCGACGGCAGAUCAUCGUGCCGCCGCAGCUGGGUUACGGCAGCCGCGGCAUCGGGCCCAUCCCGCCGGGUGCCACGCUCUACUUCGAUGUGGAGCUGAAAUCCAUCGCCACACGAUGAAUGAGGCAGCGCAGCUAGCAUUGGCAGCAUUGCUUCCAAGUAGAAAUAAUGAUGCGCUUUUGCGCGGAGAGAGGGGGAGAGAGAGAGAGG